UUCGCAGUAGCGUGGAGACCCACCUGUCUCUCUCAUGCUCACGGUAAGCCAUGGCGACUGACGAUAAAGUAGCCAUUUUAACUGACGACGAAGAGGAGCAAAAGAGGAAAUACGUCCUCGCCGAUCCCUUCAAUGGGGUCUCCAAGGAGCAAGACCUCCAGGCCCAAAGCGACACGCCGUCGACGGACACCACCGCCACCACCAUUCCCGAUGAGGAGCUGGACUGGCUCGAAAAGCACUGCGUCAAAGUGAACAAUGACCUCCUGGUCUCAAAAGUGUUUUAUUUCUUCUUCUACGCCGCCUAUGGGUCGCUCUACCCGCUGCUGCCCGUGUAUUACAAACAACUGGGCAUGACGCCCAGCCAGAGCGGACUCCUGGUGGGCAUACGGUACUUCAUCGAGUUCUGCAGCGCCCCCUUCUGGGGAGUGGUGGCGGACCGCUUCAAGAAAGGCAAGGUGGUCCUCCUCUUCUCCCUUUUGUGUUGGGUGCUGUUUAAUUUGGGGAUCGGGUUCGUGAAGCCGGCCACCUUAAGGUGCUCGCCAAAGUUCCCGCCACCGGCGCAUCCCACCAACGUCAGCCACCUCUCGACGACGGCCCCACAAAACCUCUCGGUCGCUUCUCCGGUAACUGUGGCGGGGGCGACAUUACCAAAGAACAAGCAGAAAAGAGACCUGCCUCCUUCCGGCCUGCCAUCCGCGGACUCCACUUUAGCUGCGAUUUCUGAAGCCGCUUUCCACCUGACAACUCACGGUGGAGACUGGAAGCUGUCUUUAAAAGAUGAAGGGAAUAUCGUUACCGGAAAAGCGACACACCCUAACUUGGUGAAUGCAGUGGUUACCCUGGGGCCUUUGGGAAACACAACCCCCGCUUCAACAUCGCCUGCGGUCACCACAAAGGCAGUGCCUCCCGUUCCGGUCUCUCUCGUCUACGACCAUCGGGAAGUCGAGGCUAUCUUCCUGCUCAUCCUCUUGGUGGUUAUCAUAGGGGAGUUUUUCAGCGCCUCGUCAGUCACCAUCGUCGACACGAUAACCUUGCAGUACCUCGGCAAGCACCGGGACCGCUACGGGCUGCAGCGCAUGUGGGGCUCCCUGGGCUGGGGGCUGGCCAUGCUGUCCGUGGGCAUCGGGAUUGACUCGACCCGUGUCGAGGUCUCAGUGGAAGGGCAAGGCUGCAAGGCCCCGGAGUACAAGAACUACAGGAUUGUUUUCAUCGUCUUUGGGGUGUUGAUGACCCUCUCGCUGGUUGUGGCCACCCAGUUCCGGUUCCACUACAACCACUACAAGCAAGAGGAGGACCAGAGCAACGAGGGGGAGGGCUCGCAGGGCGACCGGAACCCUUCCAUGGACUCGUCCAAUGAGACCCCCAGCGAUACGAGUCAGUCGCAGUCCUUCAACUUCUGGCACCUGAUCAAACUUCUCUGCAGCAUCCAAUACGGCUCGGUGCUCUUUGUGGCUUGGUUUAUGGGCUUUGGGUACGGCUUUGUGUUCACCUUCCUCUACUGGCAUCUGGAGGACCUGAACGGGACCACCACUCUUUUUGGCGUCUGCUCCGUCCUGAGCCACGUGUCGGAGCUGACGGCCUAUUUCUUCAGCCACAAGUUGAUUGAACUGAUCGGCCACAUCAGGGUCCUGUAUAUUGGCCUUGCCUGCAAUACAGCCCGGUAUAUUUACAUCUCCUAUCUGGAAAACGCCUGGACAGUUCUCCCGAUGGAAGUCCUUCAAGGUGUGACUCACGCAGCCGUCUGGGCAGCCUGCAUCUCCUACCUGAGCGCCGCGGUACCUCCCGAACUCAGAACCUCUGCUCAGGGGAUCCUCCAGGGACUUCACCUGGGCCUGGGCAGAGGCUGUGGAGCGAUGGUUGGAGGCGUCCUGGUCAACUACUUCGGGGCGGCUUCCACGUUCCGAGGGAUUGGAAUGGCCUGUCUCGUGAUCCUCUUGCUUUUCGCCUUAAUCCAGUGGCUGGCGGUUCCCGAUGAGCAGGAAGAAAAGACCAUGCUGGCCGAAAGGAUCCCGGUGCCUUCCAGCCCGGUGCCCAUCGCCACGAUCGAUCUGGUCCACCCACAGACCGAAGACAUCCUGCCUCGGCCGGAGCCCCGGGUUCCCCCCAAGAAGACCAGGCACCAGGAAGAGCAGGAAGACGUGAACAAACCCGCCUGGGGGGUCAGCUCUUCUCCGUGGGUGACUCUCGCUUACGCCGUCUACCAGAUCAAGGAGAUGGUGAAGCUCUCCAAGAGCAACCAGGCUUUCGAGAGCCAGCCUCUGCAGCAAGCCAACAGUAGCCCUAGCUGUGAACCCAACGAUCCUUCCAACCGGUCUCUGGAUCUGAGAAACAGUGACGCCUCUGGGGAUACUUCGGUACCUCCGGCCCCCCUCAGCCCCCAGCCCAGCCCUGACCACCCUGCGCCAGACCUGGCUCCAUCGGACGGUGAAGCGGCGUCUUUGGCGGGUGAGCACUAGAUUGAAUUUCCUGCACCCCACCUGCCGUCUUGAAUCCUGCUGCUGGACGGAGAGCCUGAAACCGCGGUUCCCUUCAUCACCACCAGUAACUUGACAAGCUUUUAAAAUAUUCAAGGCCUUUUCUGUGACAGAACCCGGCUGGCCUGCUUUAGGGAAGGCUGAAAGCCAGAGAGGGAACAGAGGACGAGACCACGUUAUUAGUAACCAGCGACGGCCGUUUCAAGAUUUCACUUGACGAAUUUGAGACCAGGCCGGCUUGGUCUGUAUUCCUGUGUCGGACAGAAGAUUGAUCUUGAUCGAUUUGACUUUAAUUUGUCUUCUACAAAAAGGGGGCGGGGGGAAAUAAAAGUUUGCUUUAAGUUUCCCAAGAGGAAGGUUGCAUUACGGUCACCCCUCGCUUGAUAAAGAGAACGUUUUGUGUUAGUUGUCGAGGGAAGGGGAAAUCAGCUUUUCCCUCCUCUGUCUUAAGUUUCACAGGACAAAUAACUGAUUUCUUUUGUCAAAACUGGAUAAACAACCGAAACGUCCAAGAAAAAUACUAGCAAGUCCCUAAACGUGGAAGCAGGAUAGAAAUCUGUCUUUCAUAAAGACUUCUUGGAAACCACGCACAGGUUUCAGCUAGUAAGGUUUUCCAUUAAACGCACGUCGGGACCUCUUCCAACCAAUGAAGUUGCUAUUAAAUCUUCCGCCACCAUGCCAGGGACUGUCAAGAAGGGCAAUUUUGGGGAGAGUGACAAGUGAGGCACUGAUGCACAUUUCUUUACUUAGGAGUGCGCUAGUUUUGGCGGAAGACAGGACACCCAAUAGCGAGCAGGUCUGUUUAGGCUGAGAGCAUUUACAGGGCAUAUGGUAACCCUAGUCCAGCGAGGGGGGGGUCACCUAUAGAAAGUCUCUCUCUCACUUUAGAGCUUUCCUUUUACCUCUGGAAGGGAUAAUGGGAACAGGGGUAGACACCUCUUUCCCUGAUUUUGGACUUUGCUCUGCUACUGCAUUCUCAGACAGGUGGUCCAAUACGGUUUGGGUUUUUGGGGUGGGUGGGUUUGAGCCUAGCCCUCACAAGAUGCAGGUUGGCAGUGCCGGUGGAAGAGAAGGGAGUUAUCUAAUGUUCACUGGAAGUACCUAGACCAAACGCUGUUGGAGUAUAUCUCUUGAGGGGCCAACGGCUUGUAUCUUGCAGAAGUCUUCCUCCAGCCUAUGGAGGUCUUCUCCGCAUAGAAGAGCCCCUUCCGUGAGGUAAGCCUUCCGACUUCGCCAGACAGAGUGGUAGGAUACAAGCCAAUAGACUGUGAUUUCGGGGCACGGUAUAAAGUUGAUUAAUUUGGGGAAGCAUUUAAAUUCACAUUUCUACAUAAAUAGUGCCCGGGGCUACAGAGAAGGCCUAGGUGGGAAGUCCAAACGACUUCUGGAGGAGGAAAAGAUAAACAGGGUUAACGCAGGAGUAUAGACACGGCUAUAAGGGAAAUGGGCACACACUGCAUUUGAGGCGGUUGUUCUACACCUUUAUGUUUUUGUCAGACACUGGCAGGAUCGGUCUCUCGUGCAUUUCUCGGUGUCGGAUGAUCCUCGCUUCCGCCAUUUGCAACCGUGAGCGAAAGUUCAGCUUGAAGCGAAAGUCCUUUUGCUCAGGGGGCAUCUAAAGCUGGGAACUUUUUUUUGUAGGCCUCGGCUCCGCAGAGCUGCAUACUGCCUUUCUCGAUUGUUAACUGUAAGAUCCACAAUGGGGAUAGCCCAAAGCUGGAUGGAGGGAUGAAAAGGGGGAACUCACGGACUGGAAAAGAAGUUCCUCCAGGUCCCUCACGAUCCCCCAUGGAAUAAUGCGAGGCGUCCUCUUUUCCUAAGCCUUAAGGGAAAGUUGAAGGAACUGAAGUAGAAUCUAUCCAGGGGGACCCGAGACCAAACACCAGAGAUUAGUCACUAGCUAUUAUUUUGCACUUCAACUUAAAUGUACUGUACUGUAAAUUUCUCAUGACUUGUCUUAAGUGUCCUUUAAAAAAAUAAAUCAGAAAUGUAUUUAUUCUGUUUGUAUCUGGGGGGAGGGGGUGGGCAGAAUUGGCUAGGGAGUGAAGAAGCGAGCAAUUGGUGGGCUUCAACACAAAAGGGGGGGAUGGUUUUAAAAAAAAGCAACUGGUUAACUAACUUGCAACAAUCUCACCAGGUGGAAACAGAGGGCAGCGCCCAUCUUGUGAAAGGUCGCUGAGGACAUGUGUCACAUUUACACUCCUGGAUUGUCUUUUGGGUCUGUCCUUUCAUUCCACGUGGGCAGAGGAACUGUACACGGGUUUUCGUAUUUGUGAAAUUUGUUUUAAAACGUAGUGACAAAAAAUAAUAAUAAAAUGAUUCACUGGACAGAAA